AUGCUCGAUGAUGAACGAAAUGAUGCCAUCCUCUCCGCUCUGCACCACCACCCACGCUAUGUCCCAACCCACGCUAUGUCCCAACCCACGCUAUGUCCCACAACGCAUCAAAUGCCCGAGUACGCGCCUCUAAUAUUGUUUAUCGAAGUGUUUUGCGACGCGCUUGUAGAGCUCGUUUGCGGAGGGGCGAGCCUUGGGCUUGGGGGGCGCAUCUUUGGCCGCUUGUAUGUGGGCGCGCGCGAGACCUGCGAGGGAGGGGUGGGCAGCCAGCAUGGCGAUGAUGAGGGUGCGACAUGCAGGAGCGUUGGCGGGGACGGGAAUCUGGCGAGGAGGUAUGGUGGAGGAGGAUGUUUGGGUGAAGUUGAGGAUUCGAGCGCGCUUGGCAGGAGGGGCCGUGCUCAUGUUGAUCGCACAGAAGCGAGACGAAGUGCAGUGAGGAAGCUAGAAGAUCGUGCGUCGCGUUCACUUUCUCCGACGCGACUUGCCGGCAUGAGGAAUGUGGAGUUGGCGGAGAUACAGCUUGACAUCUCCGCAGUCAGUGGGCCCUGGGUGGCUUGGCCCCUGUUGGCUUGUCUCUUCUCUUCCCUCUCCUCCCUCUCAGCAGCCAUGUCGUUGCACGACAAGCCCCUCUGCCCACCUCUCAGUCCGGAGACCUGGGAGGAGGUACUCACCUAUCUCAGCGGGCCCCCCAUCACACAUUCCCCGGAUUGGAUCAAGACAGAUUGCGCUGCACGUCAGAGUAGUCUUUACGCAUGCUUGAGAGUGAGCAAAACGAUGCACGAUAUAGCUGGUCCUCUUCUAUACAAAACUCCCGCAGUUCGCUCCCUACCGGCUUUCCUCAGCGGCGUGUUCAAUCCCGGCGUCGGUGGUGUAUACUCAAAGCUUCAACUUCUCAACCGAACGGAGCGACUCUUCCUGGAUUUUUCGCACGGAGCGGGCGACCGGCUGUCGGUCUCACCAGAGGAAGUCGCGGGACAUCUCGCGGAAAAGGAAGAUGUCAUCGAUACGCCUGAUCUCCGGGACGUUAUCUUGCGGAUAAGGGAGGCGGAGGGGAUCUUGCGGGCGUGGGAGACCAUCCUGCCGGACCGCGUCAACGAGGUCUUCCCCAAACUCCGAACCUUUUCGACAGGGGGUAUGACGGGCUUACAAAGGGGCGUCUCUUGGCCCAAGGCGGAUUACAGUGUGAAGUGGGGAUCGCUCCUGGGGGAUUGCCAGGAGGCUGUACUGCGCUUCGCUCAAGAGUGUCUGUCACUGCAGCGGGUCUGCCAGACGCCAGGCCUGUUGAGCUGGGACGACGACACUCUCUUCUUUCCCUGCCGGCAGGGUCCGCCCGGCGUGGAGUACAGUAUCAGCACUCAUUCGUCCAUCCAGAGUCCGGAGCUACGGCCGUGCUGUAUCGGUCGCCGGACGAGCUGGAUCGUUCAUACCUACGAUGACUGGCUUGACGGCUCGCAAGACGACGAAGCCAGUUCCGACACUCGGCAGCACGUCCGCAACCUCCUCGACAUGCGGCGCCAGCACGCGUCCGAUCCCAAGUAUACCGCCCAGCUACCCAGCGAUUCUCCCGCCUGGACCAUCACUGGCGGACUGUAUCUGGGCAUUCCCGAAGCGGAGGCGGAUCCGGAAAGGGAGGCGCAGAAGAUCAAGUGGGGGGAAAGUGCGAAGUAUGAGCAGGGACUGAUCGACGAGAUCUUAGCGGCUGGCAAGGAGGGAUUGCCGGAAGGGAUGGAGGUGCAGGAUAGGUGGGAGAUGAAGACGCUGCUGGACGCGAGCAGUACUGUGUCACAACAUGGCGGCGGGAGGUGUGCCGCGCCGGCUUGA